AUGAGCAACACAUUCAAGGUCUUUGCCGUCGUAGGCGCGGGCGGUGCUAUCGGGAAGCCAGUGCUCAAGAGCCUUCUCUCGAGCAGCGCAACCAAGGUCGUCGUGUUGACGCGACCUGACUCCUCAUCGAUGUUCGAGCCGAAUCCCAAGCUAGCUGUGGAGAAAGUGAAGGCGGACGACGAGAACGCGGUCGCUGCUGUUCUGCAGAAGCACGGAGUCGAAGUGCUCAUCUCUACGAUCGGUUUCACUGGCUUCGAGUCGCAGGUGGUGCUCGCAGAUGCGGCGAAGCAUGCCGGCGUGCAGUUGUUUGUCCCGUCCGACUUCUGUGGCCCCACAGAGGGUCUAACGGAGGGCCUACUGAUUGUCAAAGAGAAAGUAGUAGGACAUGCGAAGGAAAUCGGGCUACCCACACUGCGUGUAUAUAAUGGGCUAUUCACAGAGCAUAGCCACGUUGUCGGCGCUGUGGAAGAUACAGGAAAAUUCCUCGUACCCAAUCCAGGAGACAAGCCAUUCUCUUUGACAUCUCUUUCUGAUAUUGGCGCAUUCUUGGCCUAUACAUUCACAACUCUCGCUCCGAGCCAACUCCUGAACACUGCUUUUCGUAUCGAAGGCGAGCGCCUCACGUUCUCCGAGCUUGGCGCUAUCUAUGGAGAGCUCAAAUCAGUUCCUGUUGAGCAUGUCAGCAAGGUCCCUGAAGGCCUACCCAGGGGUUUCAUUCUCGAAUACUUUUGGAAGGACCUUAACUCUGGACAAUGUGUUUCCAGCUAUGAUCUUGUUCAGGAUAAGGACCUAGGCACAAGUGCGCUUUCGAACAACCUGUGGGCGGAGUACAAAUGGCGGUCAGUUAGGGAUGUUUUGUCCAAAUGAAUGGCCACUCUUUGAUGUUCC